AAUCUCGCUCUCUGUGUUGGCAAGUGGAUCAUGGAUUUGAGCGAAUACUGUUUAAUUGACGAUCGGUUUCAUCGAUAAAGUUUGGAUUUUUUUUUUGGUGGGUUUUUUGCAUAUGCUUUUCAGUUUCCUGUGACGUCUCUGUUUCUGCUCCAGCCAAUUCAAUCCAGAUCUUCUUCUUUCAAGUCUCAAAGUCUCGCUUUUUACGACUCUCUUCUCCACAAGGGUUUCUCAUCGAGAUUGUUUGGAUCAAUGUAUCGCUUUCGUUGAUCUUGUUUUGGUCUUGUCUGGCUCAAACUCUGAAGUGAAUGUACUCUGGAUUCGAUCAAAACAGAGAUUCGAAGUGAAAAAGAUGGAGAAUGUGUCCGUGUCCACCACCUCCAUUAUCCACCUCCCUGAUGACUGCCUUUCCUUUAUCUACCAACGACUCGAUAACCUCGAAGACCAUGAUUCAUUCGGUCUAACUUGUCACCGCUUUCUCAACAUCCAAAACACCAACCGACGUUCUCUCCAGUUCCAGUGUUCACUAUCUCUUCUCAUCCAUUCGAGUCUCUCUCAGACAAACCCUGCUGUCAACUCAGAUCAUCUCCACAGGCUUCUCGCUCGUUUCCAGUGGUUAGAGCAUCUCUCGCUCUCCGGCUGCACGUUGCUGAACGAUUCGAGUCUAGCCUCGCUCAGGUAUCCAGGUGCGAGACUGCGUAGUCUACACUUAGAUUGCUGCUACGGAGUUUCUGAUGACGGGAUCUCCACGGUUGCUAGCUUUUGUCCUAAUCUGAGAGUGGUUAGUCUCUACCGUUGCGGUAUCAGCGACGUUGGGUUGGAGACGCUGGCGAGGGCUGCUUCCUCGCGUUUGAGAUGCGUGAAUCUCUCGUACUGCCCUCUUGUGUCUGACUCUGGGGUGAGAGCGUUGUCGCAAGCGUGCUUGCGGAUCGAGUCUGUGAAGAUAUCAAACUGCAAGAGCAUAACCGGUGUUGGCUUUAGCGGCUCUUCUCCAAGUCUAGGCUAUGUGGAUGCUGAGUCUUGCUGUCAGCUUGAGGCUAAGGGUAUAGCGGGGAUCGUCAGCGGAGGUGGGAUUGAGUUUCUGAACGUUUCAGGUGCGGUUUGCAACAUCCGGAGAGACGGUUUGGUUCCCAUUGGGUCUGGGGUUGCGUCGAAACUUAGAGUGUUGAACCUAAGGAUGUGCAGAACGGUUGGUGAUGAAUCCAUUAGAGCUAUAGCGAAAGGUUGCCCGUUGCUGCAAGAGUGGAACUUGGCUUUGUGUCAUGAAGUCAGGGUUUUGGGAUGGGAAGGUGUGGGGAAGUGGUGCAGAAAGCUGGAGAGACUCCAUGUGAACCGUUGUAGGAACUUGUGUGAUCAAGGGCUGCUUGGGAUCAGAAGCGGUUGCAAGAGUCUCCGGAUGCUGUAUAUGAACGGGAACGCGAGGCUGACGCCUACGGCGGUUGAGAUGUUUAAGUUACACAGAGGAGAUGUCACGCUCAGGAGUGAAGAAGUUAUGGUUAUAGGACCAGACUGGAGACUGUAUACACGAGGAUGAAGCAUCAAUCAAAAUGUUUUACCGGUGAACACUUUUGUUUCAAAUCUAGUAAAAGAAGAAGAGAACCGAAUAAUAUUUAUAUGAAUACCACCAGAAAUGUCUUUACAACACAUACAACUUCACUUUCCAUUUUAUUGAAUUCAACAUCUAUAUAUC